GAUUCUGCCAGUUUUGGGGAAGAGAAAGACAUGGCUGCAAGGUUACUGCUGAGAGGCGCCGUACGGGCCGCGACGACCUGCAAAUCCCGCCCGGUGCUCGCCGUGAGCCGGGGAAUGGCUGCCGGAGGAAUUCCCACUGAUGAGGAGCAGGCUACUGGACUCGAGAAGAAGAUUAUGACUGCUCUGAAGACAGGCUCUGACCCUUACAGCAUGCUGAAGCCCAAGAGUUACGCAGGCUCAAAGUCGGACCCUCAUAUUGUCCCUUCCAUCACCAACAAAAGAAUUGUCGGCUGCGUCUGUGAGGAGGACAACACUGCUGUGGUUUGGUUUUGGCUUCAUGAGGGUGAAGCUCAGCGAUGCCCUUCCUGCGGCUCUCAUUACAAGCUGGUGCCUCAUGAGCUUCCUCACUGAGCCUUAAAUCCCAUAAUUCCACAGGCCCCGCCACCUCUGUCAUGUUCGUCUUUUUUUGCAGGGAAGUUCAGGAGAUGUAACCUUUCCUGAUGUGGGACGCAAUCUUUUAACAAUUCCAAAAAAAAGCAGUUUACGUAAAUUAUUGGAGUGUCGUUUGUUGCGUUUGGUCUGGUUACACUUAAUAAACAUGAUUACUC